AUGUUAGAUGUUGGUGAUGAUUCUGAAGAGGAGGUGGAACUAUUAUCAUGUCAUCAUCAAAACAAACAACAACGGGUGGGUGCCAUGGAUACAUUUGUGAUGAAGAAAUCUGGACGUCAAAAUCAAAAAACUCUCAAUCAAAUGUUUAAGAAAGAAGAGAGAGAUGAUGUUUGUCAAAUUAUAGCUCAUUUUUUUUACACUAGUGCAAUUCCUUUUAAUUGUGUCAACAACCCUAUAUUUCCAUUCAUGGUUAAGAAGAUUGGGGAUUAUGGAAAAGGACUUGUGCCACCAUCUUUCCAUGAAAUUAGGGUGACAUUUUUAAAAAAAGAAGUGCAUGAGACACUACAAUUGGUUGAUGAGUUUAAGGAACAAUGGAAGAAGACCGGAUAUACAUCCAACAUUUCAAAAAUGGGUGAAAAGGUUUUUGAGAUAUUAGAUGAGGUUGUUGAGAAGGUUGAAGAAGAAAAUGUUGUGCAAGUUGUAACUGACAAUGCUUCUAAUUAUAAAUUGGCGGGACGAAUGUUAAUGGAUAAGAGAAAGGGCUUGUUUUGGACUCCUUGUGCUGCCCAUUGCAUAGAUUUGAUGUUAGAAGAUUUUGAGAAGGAAAUACAAGUUCAUCGUGUUACAAUUGGUAAAGGAAAAAAGAUUGUGGCAUACAUUUAUUCAAGAACCAAUCUUAUUCAUUGGAUGAAGGAGUUUACAAAAGACAUUGAACUUAUAAGGCCUGCGGUAACUCGGUUUGCUACCUCUUACUUGACAUUGAGACGUCUUCAUGAGCAAAAAGGCUGCAGUACCUCUCGUUAA